CAUGAAUGACGACUAUAGCAAGCAGCACGAUACUAUGAAGCGCGUCAAGAAUAGAUUGCUGAGGGCAGCGGACAUGCAAAGCUGGGGAUGGUUUCAUGGCUUCAUCUUUCUGGUCAUUGUCUUCAUCAUCUUUUUCCUGGUGUACCUAUUCAAGUAAGUCACAACAGACUCUUGCAUUUUGCAUUUCGACCAGUCUUCUGCAAGCGACAACACGUUUCUCAGAGGUCAGUCUCAGAGGUCAGUCCUGCUGAUAAACUGAUGCAGAGCAGCUCACCUGUCUUGAUUUUUGUGACUGUUUGCACCAUCGAUAAAUUAUCUCAACAGCUCAUCGGAACACAUCGCAUCCAGUCAUCAUCUAGCAGGUCUCUAUGAACGGCCACAGCGCACCGUCGCUCCUGAGCAACAACGCGAGCCAUGGCUGGGUCGUACAAAAGUUUGGAGGUACCUCAGUUGGCAAAUUCGCAUCACAAAUCGCGCAAGAAAUCGUCGCGAAACAUAUUCAGGACUCACGACUCGUGCUUGUAUGUUCUGCGCGGAGUGCGGAUACAAAAGCGGAGGGAACCACGAAUCGCUUGAUAAAGGCAUGCAAGGAGAGUGAAAAGCUGCCAAAGACGAAUGAGUACAAGAAAUUGGUGCAAGUGAUUCAACAGGAUCACAAUGAUGCUGCGGCUUUGUUGAUCAAAGACGCCAGUAUCUUGGCAAAGCUCAAGCUUGACAUCGCAGAAGCCUGUGUCUUUCUGAACGGCUUACUUGGCGCCGCGCAGUUUUUGCAAGAGGUGAGUCCAAAAACGCUCGACAACGUGCUUGCUACCGGCGAGAAGCUCUCCUGUCUACUCAUGGCUGCGCUACUCAACGAUCGAGGAAUCGAUGCGGAGUAUGUGGGUAUGGAAGAUGUCAUUGGCGAAUAUGACGCAGCGAAUGGACUUGAUCAAAAAUUCUACGAUUUCGUCUGUGAACGCAUGGCUCGGCGUAUUGAAGCAUGCGGCAAUCGCGUUCCUGUCGUGACUGGCUACUUUGGCGUUGUACCAGGUAGUCUGUUGGCAAUGAUUGGACGUGGCUAUACAGACUUGUGCGCGGCGUUGAUUGCUAUUGGAUUGAAAGCAGAAGAGUUGCAAGUAUGGAAGGAAGUGGAUGGUAUCUUCACAGCAGAUCCUCGCAAAGUUCCCACAGCACGUCUUCUCCCUCGGAUCACGCCUGAGGAGGCUGCUGAACUCACGUACUAUGGGUCUGAAGUGAUACACCCCUUCAUCUCGAAUCUUGUGGUGCGUGCACGGAUCCCAAUUCGCAUCAAGAAUGUCGAGAACCCAACUGGUGCUGGAACCGUCAUUUUUCCUGAUGCAGAUACACGGAGUGGUUCAGCGACCCCCAUCAAUGUACCUCACAAGAAUCCUCUAGAGACCAUCAAGAUGGGCAAAACGCCGACAGCUGUAACCAUCAAGGAUGAUAUCAUCAUCCUAGCUGUCGAAUCGAAUCGCAAGGUCGUGUCGCAUGGCUUCUUUGCGCAAGUCUUUGGCAUCUUGGACAAAUGGAAGCUGACCGUGGAUCUCAUCUCCACAUCCGAGGUGCAUGUUUCGAUGGCCAUCAAUGUCAACGUCAAGCUGGCGGCGUUGAAGGGCGUUGAAGAUGAUUUGCGCAAAGUUGGUGUUGUUGUGCGGAAGAAGGAUAUGGCCAUCUUGUCACUUGUUGGCAAGCAGAUGAAGAACAUGAUUGGUGUCUCUGGCAAGAUGUUUUCUACCUUGGCACAGGCUGGCAUCAACAUUGAGAUGAUUUCUCAGGGUGCGAGUGAGAUCAACAUUUCAUGUGUGAUCAGCGAGAGGGAUAGUAUCAAGGCGUUGAGUGUCAUUCAUCAGCACUUGCUCACGACCAACUCCUUUGCAGACAAGGGAUGGUUAUUUAGGUAGACGAAUCUGUAGCACAAUUUAUAAACUUCUCGCCGCAACGAACCACACCAGGUUGACGACAAAUGCAAAAUAGAAGCAUCGUCCAGGCGUGUCUGCACGCGAGAGGGUAUGCUUCCGUCGCAGCCGUCCCCUCCGGUGCCAUCAAAAUUGAUCCUGAGGUCUUCAAUCGCCAAUCCGUCAAGCCUGCAGGAUCACGCAAAUCCAUCCUGCAUGCAGA